UCGAAAGCCAACGUCGUCCUAAAAGAACUAAGCAGGCAAGUCGAUAAGUGGACCAAACUCGAGGGGACAUUCCAAUCGCAAGAGGCAGCGGAAGUGGCGCACAUGAAACCGGCAGCGUGGUGGUGGGAAGCCUUUGGGGGGAGGUUGGACAUUCUCCAACCGCAAGCAGUGAGGUUGCUUGGCCAAGCAAGCUCGUCCACUACAUGUGAGUGAAAUUGGAGCUUGCAUGAGCUCAUUUUUGGAAGACGACGCACGGAGCUUAUGCCGGAGGGACUAUCGAAGCUCGUGUUCAACAAUGCAAACACCCAGUUGAUCCGGGGCCACACUCGUGGCGCCAAGGAGGAGGUCCACAUCCCUUGGGAGGAUGACCGGCCGGUGGAGGCGGAGGUUGAGGAGUGGUACAAUAUGUGGGUGGCUUUGGCGGUGUCCAACGGUGACGACUCAGCGGACAUGCCUGAUGACAUGGAGGUGGGAGAAGAGGAUGGAGGGGAGCCACUUAUGCGAACUUGGCAGCGCAAUGACAAGUGGGAUGACAAAGAGUGUGAGGCGGAGGACAUAGCCCUCGUUGGGUUCCCAAAAAAGGAAAACGUGGAAAAAGAGAGCACAACUGGACGACGUGGAGGAGGUGGGUCCGCUAAUGAAGGGGAAAGGCACGAAAGAAGCAGAGCCGAAACACAAGAGGGGCCGACCAUCGAAUGCAGAGCAGGCAGAAAGGAAAGCCAAGAAAGCGGAAACGAAAGUUGCAAAGGCAGCUGCUGCAGCAGAAGCAGCGAGAAGUUCGACUGCCAAAAGAAGGAAGAAAAAGACACACAAAAUGUCAUCGACGAUGACAAAAGCGGCGAUGAUGCAGCGGCAGCAGUUAAUGUUGAUGCAGCAGCAACCGACAAUGAGGCAAAAGCAGCACCUUCUUUGGCAUCCUCUUCAUUGUCGUCGGAGAAUGAGGAUGUGAGCGGGAGUGGGGCAGAGUCCAUGAAACACGAUGAACAAGACAUGGACGACGCGGGGGAGGGUUGAGACGAAAGUGUGGGGCCGUC